CAUAAGUACGCAAUCAAUAAACUACUUAAAUUCAAGUGAGACUGACAUGCGACAGUGGAUGGCCUUGAGUUAAAACGACAAUUUUGCAUGCAAGUAGUAGCAUACACAUGAGACAGUCUUCAAAGCUUGAUAGAUACUAGUAUAUGGAUCGGCAUUUAUCCACAGAAAGAUAUAGCAGACAAACUCUAACUCUUAUCAAUAUUUUAACUAAAAAGUUCAAAAUUUUAAAAUCGAAUUGUAUCGUCGUUUGUUUGAUACUUUGUGUUUCAGGAGGAUGGCUGAACUUGUGGAAGGCGAGUGGAAAGACUUUGUCUUUAAAAUGGCCAAACCGGAAGAUUACCCCAAAAUACUUGACCUGCUUCGGAAGAAUUUCUACCCGAAUGAAGUGCUGUGCAGUAAAUUGUGCAGCGGAGAGGAAAUGUUUAACGAAAUGGCGGAGGACUUUGCCCCCUGGGUUGUGCUAGCACUGAAGGACAAUCUCAGCUUCUUUGCGGAACACAAAGAGACGAAGGAGGUGGCUGGUGUUCGUGUUUCCUCCUUAACCAAGAAAGGAGAAAAUCCAGACUUUCCACCAAUGAACUUUCCUGCCAAUCCCAUAAUAAUCAAUUUCCUAACGAAAGCGAGCGUACAGGCGGAUAUUUUUUCAGUUUAUCCCGAUGUUGACGCCUUUGCAGAUUUUUUCAUGACUGCAACCGCUCCACAAUUCAGGGGUCAAGGCUUGGCUACUGAGAUGUACAAUCGAGCAAUUCUGCUAUUCCAGGCAAAUGGAAUACAAUUGUGUAAAAGUGUCCUGACAAGCCCGUGGACUCGAAAAGCAUGUAAAAAUCUCAACUUUACGGAACACGUGAAACUUUUGUUGCAAGAUUAUAAGGAUCAAGAUGGGAAGCAAUUUUUUCCUGAUGCAACUCCAGAUCAAUUUAUCACGGUUGUGUCCAAGAGAAUAUAGGCAAUAAUCAUGUUAAACUGGACAUUCAAUAAUUAAAGCUUCAAAUAUUACAUUUAUAUUUCAAAAAUCAAUUUUUGGAUAACAAUUAUUAUUCCCACAGAACAUAGCAAUAAUGCAUAUGUAUGCAUACUUAAGUAACAUAAUGAAAUUAACCUAAGAUGUUUAAAAGAGCUUUACACAGAUUUCUUUGCUUGAAGCCAUUAUAAUAUUAUAAUAACCUGUCAAAAAUAUAAAACAAAUAAAAUGUAAAGAAUAAAGAAAACCUA